CCGUGUUGUUGUUCCCGGUGACGCGGCGGAGGUGUAGCCUGACGCGGGCUCUUACGUGUCGGCCAGAAUAAAAGUGGAGCUCCGGAGGCCCGGGAGUGACGAAGGGAGUCUGUAUCGCUUAGCCGAUGAAGAUGGAGUCAGUGGAGGUUCAGCAGGGAGUGGAGGCUGCUGUGACUGAGGCGGAGACCCAUCAGAUCGCCCAGGCACAGAUCGCUACUCUGGCACAGGUAACCAUGACAACAGGCCACGCCUCAGCAACAGGUCCCACAGUAACACUCGUACAGCUUCCCAACGGACAGACGGUUCAGGUCCACGGUGUGAUCCAGGCUGCACAGCCAUCUGUUAUCCAGUCCCCACAGGUCCAGGCUGUACAGAUCUCCACCAUAGCAGAGAGUGAGGAUUCACAGGAGUCAGUAGACAGUGUGACUGACUCCCAGAAGCGCAGAGAGAUUCUGUCACGACGCCCCUCAUACAGGAAAAUCCUGAAUGAUCUCUCGUCCGACGCACCUGCUGUCCCUCGUAUCGAGGAGGAAAAGGCUGAGGAGGAUUCAUCUGCCGCUGCUGCAGCUGCCACACCUUCGAUCACCACAGUGACUGUGCCCACGCCCAUCUACCAGACCAGCAGCGGCCAAUACAUUGCAAUCACACAGGGUGGGGCCAUUCAGCUGGCUAACAAUGGUACAGAUGGAGUCCAGGGCCUUCAGACUCUCACCAUGACAAAUGCAGCAGCCACCGCCCAGCCCGGAGCCACCAUACUCCAGUACGCACAGACCAGUGACGGCCAGCAGAUACUGGUUCCCAGUAACCAGGUGGUGGUGCAAGCCGCCUCAGGUGACGUCCAGGCUUAUCAGAUCCGAGCAGCCCCCGCCAGCACCAUCGCCCCAGGGGUGGUCAUGGCCUCAUCCCCUGCCCUCCCCACCCAGGGCGCUACUGAGGAGGUCACCCGCAAACGGGAAGUCCGCCUCAUGAAGAACAGAGAGGCAGCUCGCGAAUGUCGCAGGAAGAAGAAGGAGUAUGUUAAGUGUCUGGAGAACCGAGUCGCCGUCCUGGAGAACCAAAACAAGACGCUAAUCGAAGAACUGAAAGCCCUUAAAGACCUUUACUGCCAUAAAUCUGAGUAGCUGUGUCCUGAACAGCGAGCUGGGCCAAGUAGCAUUUCAGUUCUCUUCAAAUACUCCGACUGUUUCAGCCUGCCUGGCCUUCCAGUUUGCACACAGCUGGUUCAGCCUAAUCCAGUUCUGCUUACACUAUGUUAUCUUCAGUAACAAUGAAUUUAAAACACACUAAACCUUUCCCGUAUCAGAACAUUAAAACCCCUGUGCGUACUGUCACCCAGGUCUGAUGUUAGACAAGUGCCAACUGAAACUUUAAGUCUAAAACAGAAGCUGCGAUCCCGAGCCUGCGUCUUAUUGUCGUAGAUUUGGCUUAUACCCAAAUAAGUUAGUGUAACGCUGUACUCAUCACGGCCUGAGGUUCUAUCAACCAUCUACAUGUUGUCCUAGCCAGAGUACAACAAACAAAAUGGUGCACAACCUUCUGAUGCAAAUGGUUCAUACUGUUUUUACUGGGGUACAAACUUUUGUCAGCUCUGCUCAGACCUCAAGUGUUGUUUUUAAGGUGUUGAAAAUCAGUCUGAAGCACGUAAUUAAUUGGCCUUGUUGGACUCCAAUCAAGCAUUUGCGUAAGCAAUAAUGCCCAACAAGUUGUCCUUGAAGCCACUGUUGCUAUGGUUACCUGCAGUUAUGUUUAAGGCGUCCUUGUAUGUGAUUUCAUGGACGGCUUCCAAUUAUUCAUGGAUGAAUAUGUCCUGUUGCAGUGGUGAAACUUUACUUUGACGGUGGUGAGUGGCCAAAAUUAUGACAACAAGACCCAGCUUGUAAAAAAAAUGCAGUGAUUAUGAAGUCUAUUUGUUGCAUUGAAAGUAUGUUCAGAACAUACUUUAUCCUAAAAACAUUUGUGGACUUAAGAUUGGGACAUUUCCAUAUCAGACGAGCUCAGUCAGUUGCAGUUAAAGGCUUUGAAUGAAUUAUGAAUCUCUACUUGAUCCACAUGAUGUGAACCAACUUUUCAAAUAUAUGGCUUCUUGUAUAGCGGACUCUACAACUGAUUAGGCACAAACAUGUCAUUUUUUAAGGGUUUUUAAAGAUGCUACCAACUGCCAGUCUUUUAGGAAGUGGAGCUCUGUGUGUAAGCAGACAGUAGAUUGUUUUUAAGUUAGUCUCCUGCACAAGAGAUGCUGUUAAAAUGAGAUCAUUACCAAGCUGAAGCACAGUUUAAAAGCAAGAUUAUUUUUUUUACAACCUGCGGUCACAUCCUUAUAGUUUUGGCCAACAUUUCUAUUAGUUAUGCAAACAUUUUACACACUAGCCAAAGUCCAGUGGGGCAGCAACGCAAAGGGCCGUGUUAUUGAUAUCACAUUAUUUGGAAGUGAAAUUAUCACCUAACCUGGUUGUGUCUAAAGCCUCGUUUCCACCAAAUACUUUCGGUAUGGUACCUUUGGAACCAACAGUAACCCUUCAGACAUGGUACCUA